AUGCGCGGUCAACGCCUUGUGCUUGGUGGGCUUGAUGCGACGCUGUUGCUUGACGCCUACCGCCGUGGCCGCGCCUCCGGCGACGCCCCCCGUGUCGUGGGAGGGGUGGGGGGCGUCAAGCCAACUCUGCUUGUCAGCGCGUGUCUGCUCGGGCAGUGUGUGACGUAUCGUGGGGGGAGCUGCGCCACGCCGCAGCAUCGUCGCACGCCCAUCGGUUUUAUUGUGGACUGUCUGUGGCGUGAGUACCGCCUUGUGGAGUGUCUUCCCAUCUGCCCAGAGGUGGACCUGCUCGCAAUGCCGUCACCGCGGCCGCCGCUGCGAUUGGUGAAGGAGUCCCGUGACGAACCUCGCCGACUCGUGACGGCGCCGCCAGCCGUGUCGAGGCACGUGCCGCCCGCACCCGGCACGUGGCGUGACGAGGGAAAUGAAGCGAAGAGGCGCCUGGCGCAACGCCAUCCACGUCUGGCGGAGGAGUUGCUGGUACGGCGGUUGGCGGGCAUAGACGGGUGUGUCUUCAAGUCGCGGUCGCCCAGCUGCGGAGUGCGGGACGCGCGCCUCUACUUUGCGGAGCGCGGCGGAGACUACGAGGAGGUGGACGGCUUCUUCGUUGGCGGGUGGGUGCGCCCCGCUGCCGCCGCCGCCGCCGCGCCGCCUCUGCCGCUGACGACGGAGCGUCAGUUGUGCUUUGGCGAGGCCACCUCCUCGUCUUGUGGGGCGUGGUCGGGCCGCAAGGAGGCAGUGCUGUCGUUUGUUGCGGAUGUUUUGGCCCGUUUUGAGGCCCGGCAUCGUGCAGCGGCGUCUUUCCCUUUUCUUUGA